CGGUAAUAGAAGAUGUCAUGGUCAUAAGCUAGGACGAGUAGUUUAGGAUUUUCAAAUAGAUAUUUUAGGAAUUUACCGUGUUCUUCAGCUGCAUUGUGUGGUAAAAAUAUUAUGACGUGCAUGGUUCGCUUUAGUCGUCCGUAAUACUGGUUGCCGACCUCUGAGUUGACAAAUAAGACAACAAAAAGUAAGGUUAUAGUUCGAAAACAUUUUGAAACCGUCAUAUAAAAAAGGGACUAUCCAGAUUUUUUUGAAUUCCAUCUUGGGUGAUCUGGAUCGUUGAAUAAAUUUAUUGUUAAAAUGUACAAAACAUUGGUAACACGCUUGGCUUCAAAAAACGUUGUGGCCCCACAAUGUUUCACCCUUGCCAAUAUGCCUUUUCAUCAUGUACCCAUCGUUGUGGAGCAAUCAGGAAGAGGUGAACGAGCUUUUGAUAUAUACUCGCGCUUGCUUAAAGAGCGUAUCAUCUGCCUGAUGGGCCCCAUCAAUGAUAUCACCAGCUCUCUAGUGAUUGCCCAGUUACUUUUCUUACAAGCUGAAUCUACUACGAAGCCCAUUCAUAUGUAUAUUAAUUCACCAGGGGGGGUGAUAUCCUCGGGACUUGGUAUUUAUGAUACUAUGCAGUAUGUAUUGCCUCCGAUUGCUACUUGGUGUGUAGGACAAGCGUGCAGUAUGGGGUCACUUCUUUUAACUGCAGGUACUAAAGGAAUGCGAAAUUCAUUGCCAAAUGCCCGGAUAAUGAUACAUCAACCUUCAGGUGGGGCGACAGGUCAAGCCACUGAUAUCAUGAUCCAAGCUGAGGAGAUUGUCAAGUUAAAAAAACAAAUUAAUAAUCUCUAUGUGAAGCAUACGGGUAUGCCGCUAGAAAAAAUUGAAGCAGGUAUGGAAAGAGACAAUUUCAUGAGCCCAAACGAGGCAUUGCAGUUUGGUUUGAUAGAUAAUGUUCUCACAACACCACCUAAGAGUAAAGUGGAGGAUUCAGAUCCAAAGAAAUGUGAUACGGUUACCACGAAGAAAUCUAGUAGCAGCCCACAAUUGAGAACUUAUUCUAAAAAAAGUUUAUGAGAGUUUUUGUGUCGUUGAUAUUUUGUUAUUAAAAAAAAUAUAUAUAAGUAAUAUAUAUAUCUUGAAAGAUGAGGUCAAUGACCUUCCAACCGUGAUCCUCAUUUGGACUGUGGUGGUUCUUGUCAAAAACAGCGUGUUCCUGUAGUUUUUACAGAAAUGGCUGUCUGCUCCAAACUAUGAGUUAAAAAUGUUUUCAAAGUGAAACUAUCCUCUCUGAUAUUCAGCUAAUCAAAUUUAAAUGGAAUUAGGAAAAAUUAUAUUAUUUUUUACAAAAUACAUGUACAUUAAUGCUAAGUACUCGAUGAGAGUCACAUUGGAAAUGCUUAUUUCAUUUGAUAAAAUAGUUUCUGAUGUAGUGUAUCUCAUGUAACUGUUAUUCCAGCAUCCAUUCACAUUUACAUUUUCGUGUCAUUGUUUUUUAUGUUUUCUCCAGAAGUGUUUAUUUGUUGUGCGGAUUAUUAAUUGCUAUUGAAAAUCGGAAAUGUCAAAUUACUUUACGCCGUCUUAGGUGAAUAUUAGAACAGAUUCGAAUUAAAUACAUCGAUAGACUCUUAAGUUAUCAUUAAAAGGUUUUAAUGAAUAAUUUAAAAUAUAUCCCUGUUAUUCGUAUUUUGCUAGAUUUUUAAUUACGCUUUAUACAACUGUUUUAUAUAAUUUAUUUGUUAAUAAAAAUAUUUUUCAUGGA